UACCGCGUGGAACUGUUGCACUCCCUCCCCAGUGCGCUUGGAUAUUCACCGCUCGCUGCUUUUUUCGUUUUACAGGAAGAAAAAAAACCCAAUAAAAAUAAAAGAAAAGAGGAAAAAUCACAGUGCCUAGCGGAUGAAAAGUGCCGGAAAGAAGUAAUAAUCGAAAAAUUCGUUCAGUGAAAUGACCAACCAACCAACCAGCUGUGUUAUAUAACAACAACGAAAACAACAACUGCAACGACGGAACGGAAGGAGCGAAAACAGUGAUAAAUUAAGAAGGAAAGUUUAAAAAGUGUAACUGAUCAAGUGCUACUAAGCGAAAAGCGACAAAAGCCGAAAGAUAACAACAAGAAAAGAGAUAAAGCAAAACACAAAACGAAAAGGGAAGGAAAGAAAUGUCUUCAUCAGGGCAGGAUCGUUGUUGGCUGGGCAGAGUUGCAGUGUUGGAUGGCUGAGGUUUCUUUCUACAGUACGACACACACGCAUCAAAUAAAAAAAAAGUGAAAAGUGAGAAGAAAAUAAAAAAAAUCAUAUUGAAUAAAACAACGACCAUCGAUCGUGGUUUUUGUGUUGUGGAUUGAUAACGUGCCGCUUGACUGAUUGUGUGACGAUCAGGUGACUGCCCCUAACUUCUUCGUCGUCUGGUGGAUGGUGAUAGAAAACUGGUGAUCUUCGAAAGGAGUAUAAAGCUUAAGCAAACCAGUGAGGAUCACUUCAGCAGAACAUCGUGAAUUGUUGAAUUUGAAAUCGUUGCUGUGCUUUUAAGGUCGUCGUCCCUGGAGGCAGGAGCAGGUCGGGGGCCGUUGAUGCACGUGGCGGCGCCGCGAGGUCCUCUUUCACCUGUGGCGGCGGCGGCGGCGGCAAUUUGAAGAUCAAAACCUACAACACCCGCACGAUGAGGCCGUCCCUGCUGGCGGCAGUGUUGCUGGUGCUGCUGAGUUCGGCAUCCAGCUCGUCCACGUACAGCUGCCCACGGGGCUGCACGUGCAAUGAAACAACGGUCGCGUGCACGAGCACCACCGGACUGCGCAGCCUGGACAAGUCCCUACCGGUGCAACAGUUGGUGCUGGCUGGGCUGGAACUGACCAAGAUCCCGGCGCAGUUGGAAAACAUCCGCAAUGUGACGGAGCUGGAUCUGAGCAACAAUCACCUGUCCGAGGUUAACCACCUGGGCAAGCGGAUACGAAGGCUUGAUUUGAGCCAGAAUCGGAUCACGUCGGGCAAGCUGUCGAAGAUCCCUCCGUUUGUGGAGUCACUGAACCUGACGCACAAUGAGAUCACCUAUCUGCCGCUGCACCUGAUGAAGCUGAAGAAGCUGCGCUCGAUCGAGCUGGCGAACAACCCGAUCAACUGCACGUGCGAAACGUUGCACAUCCGGAACUGGCUCACGACGCGGCACGUGUGGUCCGAUCAGCACAUCAAGUGUAACGCGCCCCAGGAGUUCAAGGGUCGGCCAUGGCUGCAGGUCAAGCAGGCUGACGUUUGCCACAGUGCGGCGGGGGGACGUGCCGGGGGUUACAAUUGGGACGAUUACGAGGACGAGAACGAUCUGAUGCUGGGCGAUCAGGCUCAGGUUGAUGACGGUGCAGUUGAGGAGGAGGAGGACGAGUUCCACAAGGAUUAUCUGCCGGUGGGAGAGAAGCACAAGAGUCAGGAUCCGCCGAUUGAUAUUCAGAACGACGAUGAUUUGGAGGAGGGUUCGGGAGCUGACGCGGGAUCUGUAGAUAUUGGAGAGGCGGCACGAGUUACGGAACUUGGUGCUGGGGAGGGUUCCGGAGAGCGAAAUGAAACCGUGAGAGUUGGUCAGAUUCAGAACGCGGUAGUUGGGGCGGAAGAUGAGGAUGAAGGCAGUGGAAGUGGCGGUGGAAUUCUGGUUCUUCCGGAUCCGAGCAUUUCCGUUGACGGAGGCAGCGAGGAUGGGGAGAGUGAAGAGAAACCGUUGACUUCUCCGACGGGAGGUUUGGGCAUCUUUGGCGUGGGUAUUGAGGAAGAGACCACGGCAGGAGUUUCGACAGAAGAAACGGAAACUACCGGUGACGCAGCUGGUGCGAGAAAGGUUGCUACCAGCGAAACGACAAGUGGAACCGAGUCUGCUCCAGCGGAGGAAACGCGACUGGUGGAUGAGCCAACUCGAGCUGAUUCUGACAGUAAGAGUACUUACAUCUUGCUGGCGAUUCUUGGAAUCAUUCUGCUGUCUCUCAUCCUACUGGUCAUGUGCAAACGGAAACCGGAGACACGCAACCGUCGCAACAAGAGUGAUCUUGAAUCGGCCCGUGAAAUGCAAGACAUGGACAAGAGUCUACUCGGAAAACCGCUGGAGAAGAAUGGUCACAACCCGCCGGAGCGGGUGCCCCUCAUGAACGACCGCAACAAGUCGGACUUUGACAAGGUGUUCGACAAGCCUCCGACCAAACCUGAGCGAACCUCGCUCGACAAACCCUCGCUGGACAGCUUCAAGCCAGUCCCCGCAGAUCGUAACAAGAGCAAAGACAGCUUGUACGAAAAUGUGCCUCAAAACAACAACAACAACACGGUCCCGCUCCAGAACGGCAACGGAACCGUGCCCGUCCGGAACGGAGACCCGGCCGGAGUCCACCAGCCCAAUCACCACGUGCCAUCACAGGACGACGAAGUGUUCCUACCCCCGCCAGCCGCCAACGGCAACCCCAACCAGCUCUACCCCGAUCCCCACCCCGAGUCGGUAGAUUCACCCAAAUCGAAGCGCUACAGCCCGAUCUACGUGCCAACCUCGCCCAAAUCCGACCGCUACUCGCCGGUCUACUCCCCCGAAACGGGCCGCGUCAAGAUCAAGCUGACCGAAACGCCCAAACCCAAAACGCCCAUCCUGGUGACGCGAAGUCGAUCCCGGGCGGGCGAGUACAUUACGACGCCGGAUCAGAAGUUCUGAUCCUACGACAACCACCGACGACCGAUACGAAAGUGUACGCUGCGGAUUCUGGUGCCGCAGCAACCACCCUCCUAGCGGCGGCCUAAUCCGAACGUCGCGACAACGCUGUGACGUUCGUGACGCUGAGCACUAGUUUCUAAUACGCCGUAAGAUCCGCUUUUACGGCAAACACGUUAACGUAUACAUAUAUCGAACGGAGAACCUUAUCGCGCCGUCGAUAAGGCACCCCAAGAGAGAGUAAUUCGAGUCAACCCUUUUUUUCGUGUAGAUAACAUCUGUUUGAAGAAGCGCGGAGAGCCUUUAUCAGUUCUUUUUUUUUUUGCUAACAUGUUACGAAACCGUCAUGUGCGCUCAAACCCAUUUAGGAUAGCGUGAAAGGCUGAGUUUCACGUAGGAAAAAGUCAUCAUUAAGUGCACAAAAUCAUGGCAGACACGUGGAAAACCCGUCUGUGAAGCAAAAACAAACUGUCGCAUGAACGCAUGUCAGGAAGAUUAAGGUACCAUAUAAAAGUAUGUUUGAGAACAAAAUAAGUAAAAAAAACCCACAGUUGUGAUAGUCAGGUCGGAUGGGGCGCGCCAACAUCAAGAGUGUUAAGCAUUAGGUGUAAAUUGUAAAACGUUCCUCCCCCCUCACCCCCGUUCCAACCUCUUCUUUCAGUUCAUCCUAACAUGAUUUGGCUUACCUAUUUUUAGGGGCGCGUGCGCGCAUGCUUCAGCAAACUUUCUAGCCAACAAUAGUAGGUAGUUUAAGAAUACCAAAAUCACAGGAAUGUAAAUAUUAUAUUAUUGUGCAAGAUACGAACAACAACCUAAAACAACCAACUAUUUUUUGCUCGCGUGUAAUUUUACGAGUCACAGUCAAACCAAUUCAAUUCAAAAGUGCUUAGCUAGUUUGCGAGAGACAAAAUCAUAUCAAGCCAACGUGUUUUUCUUUUGUUCUGGUAGGAAAAAUAAAUUUAGCAACGAAUAAAGUCAAGUGGCUGCCUUAUGAGAAAUUUACAUGGAAAUCUAACACCUAGAAAACAAGCAAUUUGUAAGAAGGUAAUGUAGGAGAUAACAAUUAACAAAGUAGGCACUUUCUGCGAAAUUUAAUUGUUUCAGAAGAAACCCUAGAACUACAGAAGAUUGUUAAGUUUUAAUAAUUUAACGAGAGAAAAAUGCUAAAUGUAUGUAUUUAAAUUUUAAAUAAAUUAUACUAGAAGUAAACAACAUCGUA